GCUGGUAAACGAUGGGGGAAAUGCCGUUUCACCAAUCCUCCAAUUAAGAAAAGCGCACAUUACCACGUCAACAAAGCCCCUUUCUAAAUUAUAAUAAGUGAACAGGGCGCUCGACAACCAGGGAAACGCACAUUUGACUGGAAGUACAGUAUCGGAGACAAUUAAGCGGGCAAUUACGCCGGUCGUCUAGCCAUCCUCCUGACAGUAAAAACCCGACGCUGGCGCUUGUUCAGCGCUCAUAAUGAAUUUAUCCCGUCCACGCCUGCGCAGUCACCAUUCAUCUUUGAAUCUCCUGCGAAGGAGAAAGCAGCAGGCGGCUCUCGCUGGUGUCUAGCUGGAGAGCGCUUUGACUGAACGUCUUGGAUUUGGUCCCGUCAACGAGAGUCAGAGCUGUGAAACUGUGCCUGGUAUCAACGCGUGUUUGGAUAUCUUUUCCCACUACAGUAACACUUCAACCGUAGAGGUUCCGAACCCAUCCUGAGACCGCAACACCGGGCCGCAGAGGGUCAAGAGGAAAGUACUGCGCAAGGUGAGACAGAGGGAAGCAGAUCAGGUCUGUAGGCAGGGGGCUCUGAGGGGAGCGUAUGAGGAGGAGUCAGAGAGCAGAGGAGACCCCUGACCUGUCCUGACAACACAGAGCUGCCCCGGCAACACACCCGGGCCACACAAGGAGACGGACAAGGAGCACCCACUCCUUUCGCAGGCAUGAGGUCCUUCCGUUCGUUCGGUAAUGAUGACCGUCACGUCAUGGCCAAACACUCCACCAUCUAUCCAUCGUCGCCUGAACUGGAGGCGGUCCAGACCCUGGUGUCCACCGUGGAGGGUGCCCUCAAACACGUCUCUGAUUGGAUAGACCAGAGCAAUGUCCAAUCGGUGCAGAGUAACAGCCAGGCAGACGCAGCAGCCGGCCAGACAGACGGCCAGCCGAACCCCACAGACAGCACAAUGACAGAGGCGGGUAGUGCUGACCAUGACGACGACCUUAACGACGACCCCGACGUUAGUCCCAGCGCCAGCCCAGAUGACUGCACAGACAGCGGUAGCAGGGAGCCCGGUGGAGGUGUGCUGUGUGGGGUGAUGAGGAUCGGCCUGGUGGCUAAAGGUCUGCUCAUCAAACAGGACAUGGAUCUGGAGCUGGUGCUGAUGUGUAGAGAGAAACCCACUGAUGCACUGCUGUGCACUGUCUGUGACAACCUGCCCCUGCAGAUACAAAAGUUAACCGAAGACAAGUAUGAGGUGCAGCGCUGUGUGCCAGAGGCAGCCAUCUUGGUGUGUAGUACGACAGAGCCAAAACUCACCCUGAAGGUCACCCUCACCUCCCCACAGAUGAGAGAGGACAGCGACACGGACGAACAAGUGGAGGGUGUUGAGCUGACAGACCCGGCAGACAUGCUGGACAGGCACAGAUGCCUGGUGGCCCUGGCGGCUCUGCGACAUGCCAAAUGGUUCCAGGCCAGAGUAAACGGGUUGAAGUCGUGUGUCAUCAUCCUCAGGAUCCUGAGAGACAUGUGCAAUAGACGGCCAGCCUGGGAGCCGCUGAAGGGAUGGCCCCUGGAGCUGAUCUGUGAGAAGGCCAUAGCCACGUGUAACCGGCCGCUUGGUGCAGGGGAGGCCCUCCGUCGGGUCAUGGAGUGUCUCGCCUCAGGAAUCCUCCUUCCAGGAGGACCAGGGUUACACGACCCGUGUGAGAAGGAGCUGACCAACACCCUAACGGCCAUGACAGACGAGGAGGCAGAGGCCAUCACAUACAGCGCACAGCACGCUCUGAGACUGAUGGCGUUCGGUCACAUCUACAAGGUGCUGGAGAUGGACCCUCUCCCCUCUAGUAAACCCUCCCAGAAGUACCCCUGGUCAGACAGGGAGGGCUCAGGGCUGAAGAGGCCCUACGAGGAUGGGCCCACGGACGACAAAGACCUCAUCAAGAAGAUGAAGAGGAACCUGAGGAAAGUCCUCGACAGCAAAGCAAUAGACACCAACCAACCAAUGAAUGCGCUGAUGCGUCUGAAUCAGAUACGUCCAGGUCUGCAGUACAAGCUGCUGUCCCAGUCCGGCCCGGUCCACGCUCCUGUCUUCACCAUGUCUGUAGACCUAGACAGCACCGUCUACGAAGCCUCGGGCUCCUCCAAGAAGACCGCCAAGCUGCAUGUCGCUGUCAAGGUUCUGCAGGCGAUGGGUUACCCCACAGGGUUCGAUGCAGACCUGGACUGCAGUGCAGACGAGAAGUCGGACGGAGAGGGGAAGAGCGAAUCAUCAACACACUCAAGCAAUAACACAGCACACUCAGACAACUCAAAUACACUGGAGGUCCGAACUCAGGGUCCUAUUCUGACGGCCAGUGGUAAGAACCCCGUCAUGGAGCUGAACGAGAAGCGCAGGGGUCUGAAGUACGAGCUCAUAUCAGAGAGCGGGGGCAGCCACGACAAACGCUUCGUCAUGGAGGUGGAGGUGGAUGGUCAGAAGUUCCGCGGGGCGGGGCCUAAUAAGAAGGUGGCGAAGGCUUCGGCUGCGUUGGCUGCUCUGGAGAAACUCUUCUCUGGCCCCAACGCCGCCGCCGCCAACAACAAGAAGAAGAAGAUCAUCCCACAACAUGCCACGAAAGGAGCCCUAGCUGCAGCGGCAGCCUCAGCAGUAGCAGCCCAGGUGGCCAGAGGGAGAGGUCGAGCGGCGGCCCUGACCAGAGGAGCCUUCGUCAGCGCUGCCGCACCAGGGUACACACAGAUACCAGGCUUCGGGACUCCAUAUGGAUACAGUGCUGCAGCCGCCCCAGCCUACGGUGGUCUUUUCAUUGACAAUCCUUUUUACCAGCCUCGGACCAUCGCACCAUUUAUUAUUCAUUUGGGUCCUCAAGAUCUCUUCUCUGACUUCUAGAACCAUCAGGUUGUGUGGCUUCUAAACUGUCGUACCUACAGUCCCGCUAAGGAGCUUGACCUUUGACCCAGCAGGCUGUCUGUCCGUCUCCCACCGUACGGUACAGAGCCAGCGAGCGGUCAAACCGAACUCCUCUCACUCUGUUCUGUCUCCUCACAACCCAAAUCAAAGGAAACAAACCUUAAAAAAAGCAAUACUUGAUUUGACUUUUUUGACUCUCAGCUGCAUCAAAACUGAAGGCUGAGUACCUUGGUCUUUUAGUCUCUUUCUUAUAUAGCAAUACUACACCUGAACUUUUUGGCUUCAAGCUUACUUGAGAUGAUGACGUGAAUGUUCAAUUGAGUCUUACCCAAACACAGCAUUGCAAUAGGUCAUUUCAACUGUAUAUUCACUGUGUGUAUGUAUGUGUGGCUAUACCAUGGAAUAUAUGCAUAUAUGUGUAUGGUAUGUGUUCCUAGAAAUAUAUAUAUUACAUGUGCUGAAACUAUUUAGGGUGUACGCGUGUGUAAAUAUGAUAUACUUAUUGUUGGUAUAAAUUAUUUUAGAAUUACAAAAGUGAAAUGUAAUUAUAAUCCCACAGUAUAGCUUUCUUCUUCUUCCAGUUUUAUAUACACUAAGCAAUUUACUCUACUCUAGUACUAGGACAAUGCAAUAUGAAACGUGUUUCUUAAUUAACCUGUGCUCACAGACUAGCGUAGUGAUGCUUCCUUUUCUUUUACCCCGAUGUCUAUCUCAUCUGAGCCUUUCUGGACACGCUCAAGUCUCUCUGGUCUAAGGCUCGCUAGCACAGCCCGGUCAGUCGAGAGUCGCUCGCUCACUCAACCUAGCAACCCUACCGCCCUCUCUAACACACACACACACACUUCCUAUGUGACAGCACACACAUUACUUUCCUGUUGACUUCCGGUCAGAAAGCACACUUCUCUACUCAGUGGAACAUUUCUCAUUGCUCCACUGCUAACAGGCGUACGCUAGUGGAGGUUGCUGGGGGGGGGGGGGGCUCAUAAUAAUGGCUGGAACGGCGCGGACGGAAUCGCGUCAAACACAUGGAAACCAUGUGUUCGAUGUAUUUGAUACCAUUCCACUGAUUCCUCUCUAGUCCUUACCCCGAGCCCGUCCUCCCUGAUUAAGGGGCCACCCUGUACUGUACUGCUCUAUCGGUACUCUACGUGCAUACAGACUAUCCUUAUAAUAACCUGGGGGUCUGUUGGACAACUAGAGUAUCUGAACACUGAAACCUCCUCACAGGACUACAUUACUCAGAGGACCAGCCACAGUCCUCUCUCUCUCUCUGGCCUACAGCAUAACGUAGGACCAAAAGCACAGUUCACAGUUUGUUAGCUUGUAGAGGCGGUGGGUGGCCCUGUGACGGCACCACCGCCUGCUCCCCCCCCCCCCCCAUGCACACGUCAGUCACCCUUCCGUUGCUGCGCAAAGGGCUUAGUUCACAAUCCGUUUGUACAACUGUUGUACAAUGUGCAGGCAAACUCACGAAAAGGGGUAUUUUGGAUCACAACCAAUGUGUCAAAUGUAUUAUGCAUCGGUUUGGACUACGUAAAGCAUGCUACUCGGACAAUCCAACACACAGGGCCCACUGCUGCAUGUCAACACAGUCGCAGACCAACCAGCCUUGCCACCAUGGAACAGUCCAACCACACGUGAAUAGCUACAUCUAAUUCGACGGAUAGUCCGACAUUAUACACGUUUAUAUCUCUACUGUAGAAAGACAGACGGGACCCAGUCGUUUCAUAACCCCCCCCCCGCUUUACCCUCUCUAGUAUAUAGUAUAAUAUACUACCUAUAGUAUGCAGUAUGCUAUAUCUAACUGAGAAGGUGAAGCCAUAGUAAGCUGUAGUUGAUAUUAUAUGAGUUUGUGUGCGGUUAAAUUAGCGUAUGGUGGUGAAGUCAAACUACAGUGCCUAGCAAGAUUUACCAACCCAGCAUCAAGGCCAUAUUACCUGGUCUUGAAUAAGUGGACAUCUUAUAUCAGGAUGAGUCACUACAACCGUCCUGUAUCCAGAUGGAUGGAUCACAAGGUAAAUGAAUGUUGUUGUUCUUUAAAGCUUAUUUAUAUGAAAGCUGCUAAAAAUGUUAAAUCAACCCCCCCCCCCAAAAAAAAUCUGCAUUUUGCUAGUGCAUUCUCCAAAUCACUUUUGUGUUUUUCAAAUAGAGGCGCUCGGCUGAUAGAUCAUGUGGUUAUGGGUAUGUUUGUGACAACUGGCACAAUACCCAUCCAAAAGGGAAUGUACGGUUUUAAGGUAUGCUCGUAUUUGAAUGUCCCGAAACAUUGAAGCAUAGCUUUAUAGCACUGGUUGGUGGGUCAAAUCUUUUCACAAACACACACGGUACUGUAUGUAUUUAUGUAUGUAGCUUCAGUUGGUGAGAGCUUCUGAUGUUUUGUCCUCAUCACUUUUUGGGAUGUUCAACAACUGCGGUCAGAAGGAAACUGCUGAAAUAUUGCAGGAAGUACAUCUAAUGCUUUGAUUCUUCUUCCUUGAUCUUCGUGGCAGUUUGAUCUUCAGUGUUUUUGUCAUUUUAAAUGUUGUUCUUUUUAUUUUAUUUUUUUUAAAUAAUGUGGGAAAGCUAUUGAGCCUCAGUGUAACUUUCAAGACGAAUAACUUACAGGAUUUCAACCCUGGUGGGGCCAUACUUGUGAACUUUUUCUCAGUCUCAAAAUGCACAUCAGCCAAUUAAAAUGGUUGAGGUACACCGACUAUACCAAACCUUAGGAACACCUUCCUAAUAUUCAGUUACACGACUUCAGUUCGUCAGGGCAUGGAUUCUACAAGGUAUCGAAAUUGUUCCACAGGGAUCCUGGCCCAUGUUAACGCCAAUGCUUCCCACAGUUGUGUCAGGUUGGCUGGAUGUACUUUGUUUGGUGGACCAUUCUGGAUACACACGGGAAACUGUUGAGCGUGAAAAACCCAGCAGCGUCUGGCACCUACUACCAUACCCCGUUCAAAGGAACUCAAAUCUUUUGUCUUGUCCAUUCACCCUCUGAAUGGCACACAUACACAAUCAAGGCUUAAAAAAUCCUUCUUUAACCUGUCUCCUCCCCUUCACCUACACUGAUUGAAGUGGAUUUAACAAGUGACAUCAUAGGAUUCACCUGGUCAGUCUGUCAUGGAAAGAGCAGGUGUUCUUAAUGUUUUGUAUACUCAGUGUAGUUGCAAGUGAUGAAACACUACACAUUAGCUGUUCCCAUAACAUAACCUGGCACAUUUAGCCCUAUUUAAACCUUGGCAUGUGACACUGAUUACUUCCUGUAACAAAUUCUGCGUCAUACUAUCAAAGAUCUUUGACUUAAUAUCCACCAACCAAUGGCACUUCUUAAAUGUGUCAAUUUGGCCACCAGAAGGAUAUUUUCAACCUCCAACCUCCAAGGUUUACUUUUGUUCUGCUUGGUGUGUCUCAAGUGUAGAGUGCCAAUUGCACGAUGCACCCUUGACUAUGCUAUUGGCGUUAGACAAACAGUCCAAAGAGCUGUUGGACUUGUCAAAUAGCUGUCAUCGUUGCUGUUUGGGGACACACAUUGCUAAAGCGGUUGACUCUAAAAUUACAGUGCACAUUAACUGUGGGUUCGAAGCCCCGUUGCGUCAAAACAUUUUUGUUAAGGAAAUCUAUGUUCACUGCUGGUCCUCGAUGCGCGAUUCAAAUAACCAAAUUGACAAAGUGGAUGAUUAUAAUAAUGCAUAAUAAAAUGUUGUACAUGUAAGUCCAGCCUACACGCCUAAAUAAAUAAAUAAUAAAUAACGAUUAUUUAUGUAGCAGUGCCAGGAGCCUGUGUGUCAGUCUGCAAGAGGGACUCCAACAAGAAGCUCCUCAUUAAAUGUAUUCGUAAUAGAAAUUGACAAGGUUUUGUCUGCACUUCUCUUGUCAACACACAAACUGUAAUUCUACAUUUCAAGGCGGGGAGGGGCGACGACGACUAGUGUUGAGAUUCAAACCCUUGCAACAUUUACACAGAGAGCUAUUUGACCAGUCACUCAAACACACAUGAUCUAGUUGCUUUGAUGAUCGCAACAUGCCUGUUGGACUUCCGUUAAGGACGCGUUCGUGAACAAGUGUUGGAUCACGUCCCAAUCCACAUCAGCGAUUUUAAUUGGCUGAUACGGAAAUUGAACCAGAUGUUAUGAUACUGAUGCUUUUCUCGCCACAGACUGUUUGUUUACGUUUCUACCAUUGUGGCAAGAUGGAGUAGACCUACGGUGGUCGAGUCGGGGACAACAGUUGUUGACAGCUGUAGCGUUGUAGUUAAGCCUAACCCCCCCCCUUCUUAACCUUAACUUCAUUCUCCUAACCUGCUGCGUUAGUUAUCCUUAAAAACCAAUCAUCAGUGUCGCCGCAUGGGGUAUAAUGACGGGUAGCUGUGCAGGUUAGCAGAGGAUAAAGUCUGCCAGGUUAUCUGAUAAGAACAGCUAAUGUCGAGCGUUUGAUCAAUUGGCUGGUGUGCAGUUUGAGACGGAGAAAAAGUUUAAACCUGUUCUGAUGUUCGCCAGUACGGCCCCGGUAAGUCUUAACUGACAUCACGGGUAAGUUGUCGUUGAGAGUUAUACGCGUUUAUUGAGGUAGAGAACUUUUUUUUUUUAAGUCUGAACAUCAAAUAAAAGAUCAAACUGAACUAAACUAUCUCCACAUUUACAAGUUUUCAGAUUUGUGUUUACUGUGGUUUAUAAUCUGUAGUUGUCAAACACACAAUCCCCUUUCAGAUCUGAAGUGUUCAGGUGUACCAGUAUUUGAAUGUCUUCGCCUGCAACUUGACCUAAAGACCUUUCUCUUCAGGAAGGCUUCCUGUUGAUCAUUGUGCUCCCUGAGUGUCCUUGUCUCUUGUAGCAUCAGCUGUGUUCUUUGUCUAGUUGUGUCCAUUUUUUUGUCAUUGUUGAUUAUAAUGAAAAGCGCUUCACAGAUGUAAUUUGUUAUGAACUAAUCACUCCUAUUGAUUACAUGAUAGACAAUCACUCCUAUUGAUUAGUCUUUCUGGUAUCCUAUUGAUUACACCAUAGACAAUCACUCCUGUUGAUUAGUCUUCGGGUACAAGUCUCUCAUUGAGAACGUGUAUAACAACAACCCAUGCAGAGUUAGACUCUAAACCAAAGCCUCACAUUGAAAUGAAAAAACCCUGCAGGGGAUAGUCCAUCCAAGAACCAAUGGGAUAUUCCAAUUGGUGUUCUUGGAUGAGAGGGUUUAGUCCCAUGACUGCCUGAACACCAUAUGAUACAAGCAUCACUUGUGGUGGUGCUGCCAGGCUGGGUUGGCAUGGAGAGACUCCCCUAUCCCAUCGCUCAGAGCAGCCAGCCAGCAGCAGAGCUGAGAGUCUUAAUUAAAGUAUCAAUCUUUUUUUUUUUUUGUACCUCAAUCUUUGUUUUCCUACCUUUUUGAGAAUGAAUGCGUUUGUCUUCUGAAUUCAAAUUCAGGCUUUACAGAUGGAAAGCCAGUGGUCGGGGUGAAAAUCUUUAAAACUUCCCCGUCAAUACAACAAUCUGCUCUCCCCGAGGGCUGUGUGUUGUGUUGAGACAUGCUAAGGCCAGAUGGCCCACAUAAAUAAUAGGCUACUGGACAUCAUCCUUCACUGAGCGUUGGUUGGCUUUUAAUUUCCCCCUGGAAUCGUCCCAGGCUAAUGAUCCAUGCCUCUGCUCCCUAAGGUGGGCCAGAGUGCAGAACACCUCCCUGCUUAUCAGGAGCAUACACUGGGUUCAAAUAAUUUGACAGAAUUUGAAAUACUUAAACUGAGCUUAAUUAUUCUAUUGCCCCCGGCAAGCUCAAUCGCAAAAGUGCAAACCCAGCCCAUCUGGCACUCCAGACAGGCUAAAGCAAACAUUACAAAUAUCUAAAAGAUAUCAAAUAGUAUUUGAACCCAGGUCUGGCUGGUAGUGUAGUGGAGAGAGCAGAUUGCCUCACUUAGUGCUUCUCAAUGGGCAGAUUGCAGUAUUUCCUAUAAUAUAUUAGAUCUCGGCGAUGAGAAGACCAGGCAGAAUAUAUAAAUGGAUUGAAAUAUAUUGCAAUAAUGACGAUGCCUUUGAGUUAGGACACUAAGGAAAAUGGUUAAGUGGCUUGUCGUCGAUGAACAAUGAUUGUGUUCUUUUGAAUUAUACAUUGUUUGAUUUGUGUGACGGAUUGUAUAAUAUAACCUCGUCCCUACCGACUUCCCCUGAACUGUCCCUGAUAGGUCCUCCUCCUUGACAUAGGAAAAUGGGACACAACAAGCACAAAACCACAUUGACCAUAAUUCCACCGCAUCCUACUCAGGACCCACCGGAAACACACACACGCCGGAGUUAUUUCCAGCCCACCUCAAAACACCCAUCCUCAUCAUCGUCGUCAGGCAGUACAAUAAUAAAACACAAGGUAAAAAGACGGGGGUUCCUACGGGGCUCUACCACCCCAGCUCAACGAUUGUAUUUAGUGCAAGCCACAAGCUGUUACUGAAGAUGUACUACAGGAACGGAGCCAUUUGAAUGACUCUUCCCCCCCCAUAACCAUGUACCUUGGUGCUUAAUGGCCUGUAGCUGUGUAUAUAGUUAUUUUGAGUUGUUUACUUAUAUAUGUGGAAGUCUUCUACAGUUCUUAAUGUUUUACUGAGAGAGAAGGGGACCGGUGUGUGAGACUGGGGACUCGAUUAAAUCCCUACCGCUGAAGUUCAGCGCUAUGGCGCGAUUGACAUUUAAAGGGAACGCUUUCAUGUUCGUGGCGACUGCAUGCACCGCUGCAUAUGCCGCCUCCAAUGGGAAAUGACCUUCACAUUUGAAUCGCGCUACAGUGCUGAACUUGUAUGAUACGGAUCGACUCGAGCCCUAUGAACAAUUUAGAAAACUGGGAAUUCAAUUUGCGAGCCUGCAGCAGCUCUGAAACAGGAGUCGGAUCUGGUUACGCCCGGCGAGAGCGAGGUUCGCAAGAUUUUAUUGCUGAACUGAACGUUUUCGCCGCCUGUCUGUGCUCUAGGUAGCUGCAGCGCAUAGUUCAGGGUUAAGUCGGUCACAGUAUGGGAGAUGGGCUUUCCACUUGUGACAGACUAUCACUUGUUACAAGCUCGCUCUCGAGGAUCUCAGCCCAUCAGUGUUGUCCAAUAUCCUGACUGUCGAUCGAAGCUUUUUGGUUCUGAAUGUACACCGUUGUUGUUGAGUAGAAUGUAUAACCAUAGCAGAGCUACAGUACUUGCAUUUUUGUAGAGACACAUAUAAACAAAUAUAUAUGAUAAACAUGUAUACAUCUAUAAAUCUUUUUUAAACUACUUGUGUGUGAGUCAUUUGGGCACUUCCUGCCUGGUUUGUGUUUACAUUUUUAUUUCUAAAGUUCUUUGAGCCUGGCGUCUUCUGAGUGCCGGACUCCUCCCCUCAUCUUUCUGUAAAUAGAAUCUUCCACUUAAGUUGAAUUAUUUUGACUACGGAGUUAUAUUUGUGCCAUUUAAAAUCAAGUAAAGGUUUAGCAUUUUAUUGGCACAAAAGUAACUCCAUAGAAAGCAGCCUAACUUGUCGGGAGUUGUGUGCCUCUCGCACUUUGUUCGAUCACGCGGCAUCAAAUAAAUGAUCCAUUUGAGUUAUAAAGUCACUAUCAACAAGGUGGUCUAAUGCAAAGCGACGACUGUGCACAAACCUCCGAGCGAGCGGCGCUUCAUUCAAAAUGACGGCAGUAGAUGUUUUCUAGCUGUGGUAUUAAAUUAUUAGUCGCAAAAUCACCAUGGUGAUAUGUAUUUUGUCACUGUAUUUGCCAUAAUUUAUGCUUGACAAAAUAAUAAUAAUAAAAAAGUACUGAAUCUUC